AUGUGGUCCCCCCUUGCCAAGUCAGAUCAAAGAUCCAAUGCCCCCUCCGAGCGCAAGUUGUCCGGCUCUAGCGCUGCCCCAAACCAAGAGCAAGACACCGUCUUCAACCCUAAGGAGGUCAACAAUGACCUUCGGCAGCAGGAUCCCGAGCCCCUCGUACAGGAGAAGGGGCAAGAGAAUGAACAGUGGCAGGCGGAGCCUACACCCCAGACCCCCACGUCCCAGCAGAAAGAACCCGAGCUAGAGCAACGUGACGAUGGGUCACAGGCAUCUGGCCCGGCGGGUAGCAGUGGAAGUGGCGUGUUUGGGAAACUAGGAUCGCUCGCCGGUGGCCUUGGACACCAGGUUACCCAGACGGUCAAAAGUGUCCCAAGUAUUGCUUCAAAACCGCUUAAUAUGCUGAAGGAUCUCCCUGUUCAGGAAGGAGGGGAGAUCCCCGGCCCCGAGGGUGGUGUUGUCGGUAAGGUUGUCGAGGGUGGAGAGGAAGCUGUUGGCGGAACUGUGAAAGAAGGGGGCAAGAUUGUGAAUGAUGAUGGAGAGACAGUCGGCCAGGCGGAUCUCACUGACGAGGUGAAGGAGACUAUGGAAAGGGCGAAGGACGAGAUUCCGGAAGAUGCAAAAACGGAAACCACCGAAAAGACUACAGAGAACCCCGAGAAUGAAACCGCAGAAAUGAGUGACGACGCUGAGGAGACGGCGAAAGAGGAAGCUGAAGGUGCUAAAGAGACGUCCGAGGAAGCUGAGAACGCCCUAUCACCUCUGUCUUCCCUCGAAGGCCUGUCCUGUAAUAAAGCUGGCAAGAUUAUUGACUCAUCCGGCAAGCCCGUUGGUGAGUUGGUGGAAGGCGACCCCAAGAAGCUUUCCAGACUCGGCAGCAAGCUUGACGACAAGGGCCAGUUCUGGGACAGCCGCGGCAACAUUAUCGGAAAAGCCAAGACGAUCAAGGCUGAAGAAUAUGGAGAAGAACCUCCCUUCGCCGGACUUGAGGGUCUCCAUAUCGUCGAAAAUGGUUUCGUCGAGGACGGUGCUGGCCAUCGAGUCGGAAGGCUGACAGAGGGCGAUGCGAAAAAGCUCCUUGGCCGUCCUGUUGACGAAGAUGGCGAUGUCAUUGACCAGCACGGUAGCGUCAAGGGUCACGCAGAACCCUACGAGGAACCCGAAGAAGAGCAGCCUGAAGAUGUAGACCUCUCGGUCCUAGAAGGAAAGACGGUCAACAAAGCCGGAAAUAUUGUCGACGAGCACGGAAAAGUCUAUGGUCGCAUCAUUUCCGGCGAUGGGAAGCGCCUCGCAGGCCGGAAAGUCGACGGUAAGGGCCAGAUUUGGAGUGAUGAUGGCAAAGUCAUCGGCAAGGCCGAGCUCAUUCCCGGUGCUGAGCAGGAGAAGCCAGAAGGUAUAUUCUACGGUUUCGAGAGCCUCACGGUUGGGAAAGAAGGCGUGGUCCAGGAUGCAUCUGGCCGUAUUGUUGGCCGUGUCGUCGAAGGAGAUUUCGCCAAACUUGCUGGUCGCAAGGUUGACGAGGACGGCGAUAUCCUUGAUAAGAAUGGUAACACCAUUGGAAAAGCUGAGCGCUGGGAGCCAGAGGAGAAGAAACGAAACAUCAAUCCCAUGGCAAACCGCAAGGUCAACCGUGAGGGUGAAGUUCGCGACGCGGACGGAAACCUCAUCGGCAAAUUGACUUCGGGUAAUCUGAGCAGCCUCAUUGGAAAGGAGAUUGAUGACAACGGAUAUGUUGUUGACAAUGACGGAAACAAGAUUGGCGAGUGCACUUUACUCGAGAAUAUCCCGGAGCCUGAACCUGAAGAACCCGAACCAGAAGGCCCGUCUCCUGACGAAUUGGAAGCUCAAAAGAAAGAGCAAGAGGAUAGAGAAUUGGCUAAAAAGAUGUCGGCCAUCGUUUCUGGAACCCUGGACCGUAUCCAACCUGUCUGCAGGAUGAUUACAGAUCUUAUUGACGCUUCAAAGCACGUUGACCGGGCAGAGAAGACGCCGAAGAACGAGCUUGAUGAGGAGGAGCUUGUCAAGAAUGUUAAGCCGCUGCUUGAGGAGGCCAGCAAUAUCCUCCAGGAGUGUAACGGCGCCAUUCGUGCCCUCGACCCAGAUGGUCGUAUCGCUGCCAACGCAAAGGCCAGAGCCGCGUCUCACGAAGCCUCUCCCGAAGAAUAUAAUCUGGCCGAGAAGCUAAAGGAGCUUUCAGACUCGGUUCUCAGGACCAUCGAGAACGGAAAGAGAAAGAUCGAUGGGAUGCCCCAUGCGAAGAAAGAGCUGAACCCUCUCUGGGGACUCCUCAGCGAGCCACUCUUCCAGAUCAUUGCCGCCGUGGGUCUCCUCUUAUCUGACUAUCCGAGCCGUUGGGAAUUCUUCAAGGGCGAACCCAGUGUUCGGAAGCCUACGUGUCAGCGCGAGGCUUCUGAUGGAAUCAUCGGGGAACGGUCACCCGGACUCCGCCGCGAAUGUGCCUUAAACUUGUGCCUUACGCCUCGAUUGAGAAGUUCUACUGGGUCGUGCAAUAGUGCAAGGCUCAUUAACCAUCGAGGCGGCGGCAGUGCUGCUGGAUUCAGACUACAACGCCUGUUAAUGCCACAUGAGCAUAAAGAGUCUAUAAUACCUUGGCAGGCAACUUGGGUUAGGCAAGAUCCGAGAAAGCGAACCAGCAGCAUUAUUGGUGUUUUGCAUCUUGGGCUUGGCCAUGUUCUGACAAGUGCUGUCAUCUCCGUCGUCAUUGCUCAGUCGGUUGACCGUCAAGUUCUGAGUUAUUUUUCCGAGGCGGUCCACUACCGUGAGUCCUCACCUCACGGAACUGAUAGCAAAUCAACCCUUUCAGCGCGACUGCUCUCCGUUCAUUCGAGCCGUCUGGGGUUGAGUAGCAGCCACCACUCGGUUGUUAACAUUCCCAUCUCCAACGCACCAGUCAAAUCGAACAUAUCACCCGAGCACUCGCACUUCGACAAGAAUACCGUUGCCCCGGUUGAGAUUCUCUUAAGGUUCCCCGGAGACGGGCCCGAACAGACUCAUCAGGCAGUGGCCUCGAUUGACACUCAGCUCGUAAAGGUCAACUUGAUGAGACGGGAGGUAUGGGACGAAAGGUUGAACGAGGAUCGUCGUGGCCAUCUGGAGCUUGACCACAAUGCCUAUGUCACCACAAUAGACUCAGAAAGAAUCCCAAUAAUAGGCGUGGCACGCGGCGUGGAAUGGUACCCGAAGUAUGGUCCACGCACCUACGUAUCAGAUUUCCAUGUCAUUGAAAUGCCAACCUUUGACGUCCUGAUCGGUAGUGACACCAUCACGCAGUACCAGCUGGUAUCGUUGGGACCCGACCUCAUUUACCAUUUUAACAAUCGACCAGUGCCGACAAACGUACUGCGGGGGUACGAUUCCGUCCGAGCCGGUGAAACCGUCAGCAUCGUUUGCGCUCAGGGAUUGAACGCCUUUAGCCGAGUUGCAGACGACUUAGUCUCACUGGAUCUGCACAAUCUCAACAAUAGCCUCGUCGACGAAGUAAAGAGGUCUAUUCCGAUGUAUUCUGAGCCCCAACUCGCUCUCUACGGUGAAGAUAUGAAGGGCAAUAUGCGUCCGGUCGUUGUCGUUAUGAAGGAGAGGUUACAGUCCUUCAAGAAGCUUUUCCGGCACAAACAUCAACUCAACAAAGACUCUAAGAUGACAAGAGCCACUAUCACCACGUCCGCGAGCAAUCCUAAGGGCUGCGGGCACGAUGUAACGCUUCGCGCCAUAAUUGACGAGACUAUCGAGGAGAAUUUGAUCUCUCGAAAUCGCUUGGAGCAACUACAGGACUCGCUGAAAGUAUCUGCAAAGCCCCUGGGCUCCGCCAAAGCCCUCCAAGACUCUUGCAACAUGUCAUAUGAGGCGCAAAGCAAGGUCUGCUUGCUGGUUAGACCCUGCGAUGGGACUCGGACGGAAACUUUCUGGUUCUACAUUGUCGAGACAGAGACAGUAUUGGUUGCGGGUGGCCACGAUAUCAUACUUGCAAAGAGCUGGGAGACAAAAUUCCCUAUUGAUGGUAAGGAUGGUAUCAAGACUUACCGUGCGGCUCCGACUGUGUAUCGAAAGGGAGUUGAUGACGAAAAGUGGAAGAAGAAUUCUUCGGAGAAAUCGAAGAAGAACUUAGAAGAUGCAGCUAAACUCGAAGCUGAAUGGAAGGACGCGAAAAUGCAGAAGGAGAAAGGAAAGGGGGCCUCGACUGGGCAGUGA